GAUGUUGAUGCCAAAAAAGAACAGAGUCGCUAUUUAUGAAUACCUCUUCAAAGAGGGUGUUAUGGUAGCCAAAAAAGACUACCAUGCCCCCAAACAUCCUGAAUUGGAAACGAUCCCCAAUUUACAAGUAAUUAAAGCUUUACAAUCGUUGAAAUCGAAGGGUUACGUAAAAGAACAAUUUGCCUGGAGACACUAUUACUGGUAUUUGACCAACUCUGGUAUUGAAUACCUCAGAACAUUCUUGCACUUGCCCCCAGAAAUUGUACCCUCAACCCUCAAACGCCCAGCUAGGACUGAAACAACCCGUCCCAGACCUGCUGCUGUCAGGUUUGAAGGUUCCAAACCCUCAGAGGACAGAACAGGAUACAGAAGGACUCCAGGUGGUCCGGGAGCUGACAAAAAAGCUGAUGUUGGACCUGGUACUGCUGAUGUUGAAUUCAGGCAAGGUUUUGGACGUGGUAGGGCGCCACAAUAGAUGGACACUUUUUUAAAUAAAUUAAGUUUAUAAAAAUCGUGACCAAUAAAGUAUUUGUUGGUU